ACAGGUGUUGGAGUCAUGAUGCUUGCUGGUUUCUUCUUCCUGCUCUUCCUUUCAGAUGUUGUGUCGCCUGAGGGUAACUGCAGUUAUCAGGAUGUUUUAAACCACCUGAACUUGUCCACAAACAACGAGCUGUUCUUUAUGACCCGACCCGUUAAAAACUACAAACACCCCACACAGGUUUCCCUGGAAGUACUACUCUACGCCAUUCUAGAUGUGGUUGAAAAAGAUCAGAAAUUCAUUCCUUAUGUUUGGACUGUCAUGAGGUGGCACAAUGAAUACAUCUCCUGGGACCCAAAUGAGUUUUGUGGCAUUGAUAAUGUUUCUCUUCCUACUGACAUUUUGUGGAAACCAGAUCUCACUAUUGAAGAAAUGACAGAGAAGGACAAAGCCCCUCCGAGCCCUUAUCUUACCAUCAAUAAUAAAGGAUAUGUUGAAGUCCAGAACGACCAGGUGCUGGUCAGCACCUGCAGGAUGCACACUUACACAUUCCCCUUCGACAUACAGCGUUGCAACCUUACCUUCAAGUCUGUCAUAUACACCGCAAAGGACAUUCGGCUCCAGUCGACGGACAACUCUUCAGAGGCCACAGAGUGUUCUCGUGAGGUGAUGCGGACCCAGUACGAAUGGCUAUUUCUCAACAUGACAGUCACUACCAACAACGCCAGCAAUAUGUUUGGCCAAGACAUCGUCAUUUACACUGUGCGUAUAACUACAUAUAGAUGCACACAGUACUUAAGCACAUCAGAGCAGAUCACUAUGUUGUUGCAAGCUGUGUACUACAGAUUAUUUCAAGCUGCAGGAGGAGGAACAUCAACCAUCUGACGCUUUGACAUCAUCUCAUAGAUCACCAUGAAGAGGCGGUCUCUCCUCUACAUUGUCAACUUCUUGGUACCCGUCUUGUUCUUCUUGUGUCUGGACUUGGCCUCCUUCCUGAUCUCAGACAACGGUGGCGAGAAGCUCAGCUUCAAGGUCACUGUGCUGCUCGCUGUCACUGUGUUACAACUUAUCCUGAAUGAAAUUCUGCCUGCCUCAUCAAACAAGAUUCCUCUCAUAGCGGUCUACUGCAUUGGGAUUUUUGCUCUGAUGCUGCUGAGCCUCCUGGAGACAAUUUUCGUAAUGCAUCUGAUGGAAAAAGACUCUGCAUCCCGAGAGGAAGAGGCAGAUAAAGACCGAAGUGUGAGUGAAGACUGUAAUAAACAGGGCAAAGCCAACAUCCGCAGCUGUCAUGGGGGGGUGCUCAAGUGGACUGACUGUGCGUGUAUCUUUGAUGUGUCUACUCGUGAAACUCCGUCUGAACUGCUGCCUGUGGCCAAAGAGGGCAACAGCAGCAAACUGAUAGAAGAGUACCAUGCCUUGGAGAAGCUCUCAGAUGAGCUGAAGGAGAUGGAGAAAACCCUGUCCCAGCUCCUCAACAACAGAAAGGAAGAGGAGAAGCCUGGCUACUGGACCGGAGUGGCUAAAAAAGUGGAAGUGCCUCAAAUUACUCAGAGCAGCAGGAGCCUCUUCAUGAUCAACAGUCCGAUCAGAGCUCUGAGGAAGGUCAGCACAGGGGCGUGUCUGUGA